AUGAUGGAGACUCUUUCGUUGCUUGUAGAUAGCAUGGCCCCAACAGAUAUUGCCCACGCCUCAAGCAGGUCGAAUGAGGCUGUUUUCCUAUCUGUUGGAUCAUCAUCAUCAUCCAGAGAUCUCCGAUUUAUCGGCAAUGGCGAAAUCAGUUACCAUCACCUCAGUGUGUUGACAACCAAAGUUCAAGAGGAUAAAGUCACUAUAAAUGUCUUGGUCAUGUUGGCUGCACAUUUCAACCACAUUGUUCAUAGCGCUCUUACUAUGUAUAUUACACCCCGCGACCGCACUGGAGAUAGGCUCUGUCCCCUUGUGUUUGAGGUUGCGGACGUAUAUGCCCGCUUCUUGCUUUCAGCAGAGUGGGCCUUGCCAUGUCAGUCUUCUCGGUGUUUGGGAAGACUAAUUAAACUCGGAUGUUUCAGUACUUCCAGAACGGAACUCCUGGCAGCAUAUCACGGGGAUCAGUUUGAAAUAUGCUGA